GAAAAUCCAUUGAACUUUUGAUGCUCUUGUAAGUAGUAAAUAAACACACAAUUUUUUCCCAAAAAAUAUCUCAGCGGUUCCACCUUCAAACUACUAUUAGUUUGGUCGAAUCAUUGAAGUCCUUAGUGCUUUGGCAAACAAAAUCUCAGAAAGACCUAAAAGACUUUGAGUGGACUUGGAAACUUGUAGAACGGGGUCGUUUGAUGACUUUGGAACACCUGAACACCAUUCAUUUCAGACUUUCGUCUACUAAACUGUGUUUGGGAGAUGGACUUCCUAGUGCUGUGAGAUCAUCAUCAUGCAUCGAGGAAGAGAGACGAGCGCUGCUCAGCUUCAAAGGAGAUGUUACUGAUCCUUCCGGUCGGCUUUCUUCUUGGAUGGGUCAGGAUUGCUGUCAAUGGAAAGGGAUUUCAUGCAACAACCGUACAGGUCGCGUUGCAAAGAUGGACCUCCGGAACCCGAAUUAUGAUCAAGAGAUUCAACAAUUCGACUGGGAGACUUCUUUGGGGGGUAAGAUAAAUCCUUCUUUUCUUAGCUUUAAGAACUUAUAUUACCUUGACCUAAGCGGAAACGAUUUUCAAGGACUUCGAAUUCCUAAUUUCUUUGGGAAGCUUACAAGCUUGAAGUAUCUUAAUCUCUCCUACACUUCAUUUGUGGGAGAGAUUCCCCCAGCUCUUGGUAACCUCUCAAACCUGAACUAUCUUGACCUUGAUCAUUAUUCGGGUGUUGAUCCUUAUUAUUCCAAUUUGAAUUGGCUUUCCCAUCUCUCUUCCCUGAAGUACCUCAAUCUUGGAGGUGUGGACCUUAGCACCAUAGGAGUAAGUUGGCUACAUGAUGUCAACAUGCUUCCUUCACUCUUAGAGUUGCAUUUGUCUGAUUGCCAAAUUCUAAACCUUCCGCACUCCCAGCUUCUGUCAGUGAACUUCACAUCCCUAUUGGUUCUUGAUAUAUCCGAGAAUUAUAUUAUUUCUUCAUUUCCCAGCUGGUUGUUUACUCUUACCAACCUCAAAAAACUUGAUGCAUCUGACAAUUGGUUCAGUCCCUUCCCUGUUGAAUUUGCAAACCUCAAGUCUUUGGAAGACCUUAGUUUAAGUAAUAAUCUUCUCCAAGGUCAAAUUCCCAAAGUCUUUGGUACGUUGUGCAGCCUAAGGAUAUUAGAUCUUUCGCGGAACUCGUUCAAUGGUGGUUUGGAAGAGGUUUUGAAUGGUUUCUCAAACUGUACAAAUUAUAGAUUAGAGUCACUUUCUUUGUCCUACAAUAUGAUGGAAGGUGAACUGCCUUCCGCCUUAGGAAUGCUAGAAAAUCUGAAGGAACUCAACCUCAGUUCAAACCAAUUUUCUGGUCCAAUUCCACAAUCUAUUGGUAAUUUGUCAUCUUUGGAGACACUAGACAUCUCUGGUAAUCAUAUCGAGUCCAUUCCUGAAAGUUUGGGACAACUCUCUCACCUAGUUCACCUAGAUCUAUAUUGGAAUUCGUUGGAAGGCAUUCUAACUGAAGCCCAUUUCCGAUCUCUCACAAAGUUGGAGUCUUUUGCAGUCAGCACACGUAGAGACCGACCUAGCUCCCUCAUUUUUAACAUGGCUCAUGAGUGGGUUCCUCCUUUCCAACUUAAUUCAGUAGACAUUGCCGACUGCAGAGUAGGUCCUUCCUUUGGGGUAUGGCUUCAGUCUCAAACUGAAUUAACGCAUCUCAAGCUUAGUAAUACUUCAAUCUCAGAUUUCAUACCAGAAGAAUGGUUCUUGAAGAUAUCUUUCCAACUCACAUCGUUGGAUUUAUCUUUCAACCAAAUCUGUGGAAAGCUUCCAUUUCACAUGAACUCCCCAUCUUUAGAGUAUAUAAAUUUGAGUCACAAUCAAAUUGAGGGACCUCUGCCACAAUGGUCUAGUGAUGCUGUCGCCUAUCUUGUUCUUCGAAGCAAUUUAUUUUCCGGGCCAAUUCCCUCAAAUUAUGAUCAAUUGUUGCCUAACUUGCAUGAAUUAUAUCUAUCUGACAAUCAUCUGAAUGGUAGUAUACCACCCUCUAUGUGCAACCUGUCAAGUUUGGCAAUCCAAAAACGUGGAUUGGGCACGUUGAACUUGUCAAGAAAUCAACUAAGUGGAAACAUUCCUUCAAUGAUUGGAAACUUGCGAUGGUUGGGAACUCUUGAUCUCUCACAUAAUCACCUCUCCGGGCAGAUUCCUCAAAGUUUCUCUUUAUUAACCUCUCUGUCUCACUUGAACUUGUCUUUCAACAACUUGUCCGGAAGAAUUCCUUCAGGCAACCAACUUCAAACACUCAAUGAUUCAUACAUUUACGAAGGCAAUCCAUCCUUGUGUGGGGUCCCUCUUUCAACUGUCUGCCCGGGAGAUGGCGCACUCGCACCAACAAACCCUGACGAUGACGAUCAUAAUGAUGACAAUAAUGAUCAUAAUUAUGACGAUAAUGAUUAUAAUGAUGACAAUAUUGAUCAUAAUGAUGGAAAUAAUGAUCUGAUUGGGAAGUUUGGUAUCUAUGUUAGUGCUAUACUCGGCUUCAUUAUAGGCUUUUGGAGUGUUUUCGGCACAUUGCUUAUGAAGAAAUCAUGGAGGUAUGCUUAUUUUCAAUUCUUUGAUAAUAUACAAGACUGGGUAGCAUUGGCAAUUACAUUGAGAGUGGCUCGUUGGCAAAGGAAGACUUGAUUGAACAAUGCACUGAAGGUGGUCAAUAUGGGGCAUUUGUGGCUUUCUUGAUGGAGUACGUUGUUUCUCUUUUGGUUCAGGUGCUCUCCAUGUGACUGACCUCGGUGCUGUUUGUGGCGGUGGUGAAGAUGACAGACAGUAUUGUUCUUGGGUUUGCUGGUGUCUUCAGAUUUUGGAUUCUCUUUAUUGUUGUGAGCCAUAUGUAAGUUUGGUAUUGUCAUG